CUCUCUCCACAUUCUUUCUUCUCAUUAUUAUUUAUGUUAUGUUUUAAAUCUCAAGUCUAAUCGUUGUUGCAUUAAAUUAUGCGCAUAAUAAUUGUGAGGGAGGAUAAGGACGAGCUGAGAGAUGACUUGAUCAAGACAUUUUCCUUGAGGAAUUGGUUAACUUCCUCCUUUGAUAGUAAUAAGCCUGAUUCCGCGGCAAGCAAUGCUUGAGUAGAAGCUUUCGUCAUUUAAUUGGGUGGGGCUACCUUCUCUCUAUUAAUAAUCGAAAUAUGCUAUGGUCCUGUCUAUUUUUCCAGACAUGCCUAAUGGGUAUAGAUUUGGAAUGUCAUGCGCUACUUACCAAUCCUACCUUGCGUAUUAGACUGGGCAUACGGUGACUCACCGGUUGGAUUCGUAUGAUGUUAAUUCAAUCGAAUUAAUUUAAAACUGCUUUAGCAAUUUUGGCGUAUAAAUCAGGGCACCCUGAUUAUUAUUGUUUAUUAUUGUUGUAUCGUAAUCGUGGGUGGAGUUUGGUCUAGGUUUCGGAAUUGAAGCACGGAAGAGAGAUUAGAUAGUUUUUAGGAAAAUACUUUUAGAAGAAGUAGGAUUUUUAAGGAGUUAGAUAAAUACACACUGCAUGGGACAACUGUGUGUAUAUUGUUGGAUUUGGCUUUGGGGUCUUAUCUGGUUGAACAAAUUAUCGCAACUCUUGACUAUGCAGUUCAGAACACCUAAUUCGAGAGAUCAAAAAGAAUAAUUCUACUUCUGAUUAAACGAAAGUAGGAUUGGGGCUCAGAUUCGUGUGGAAGGCAAACUGUGGUCAGAUUCGCAUGUAAAUUUUUGCAUCGGGUUUGAAGUAUAUGACCCCAUAUUUUAGUGUCUGUAUAUAAUAUACUAUAUAUAAUAAUCAAUGCCAAUUUGUGGCAUUUUAUUUAUUAUAACAAAAUUUGAGAUUUUUCAGCUUUUGGUAUGGUGUAGAAAGGAGCGAGUAGAUUCGCCUCGACAUGAGACACGUGGUGCAAUCGAAGCCGCUAAUGGGGGCCCGACCCAUCUCCCCAUGCCUUUGGGCUCGGCCAAAAAAAUCGGUCAUCACAAGUUAGCGAGGAAAGGAACUGGAAAGGAAUAAUUAGUCGCGUCCUUCCUUUUUCCCUCUCCCUGCUCUGGACACGGAAUAUGCCUUAAUUUACGGAUAUGCCACGACACGUCGCCGUAGUAAAUCCGCUCUCGGUGUCAUGGCAUUGGCGCGUAAUUCCGGGCAACCAACCGAGGGCAAAAGCGGACAUACAAUCUCCUCCGUGAGCCUGCGCGCCGAACGUCCGUUAACGCCACGUGUGGAGAUCGGAGCCUAGUGUAAGCACAAGCAACUGAUACCACGAUACGGUUAAGGAUAAUCCACGCCACGUCGGACUGCCACGUCCGACGGUCCGAAGCUAGUCAGCAUUUUCACUCCCUCUACCCCCCCACAGCCCACAGGGCCUUCACAACCCCCCGGCGUACCCCAUUAUUUUUCCCCUCCUUUAAAACCCCCCUCCCCGCUUCUUCCCUUCAUCGUCCCGUCCCAUCCCAUCCCCUCCCCUCCCCUCCCCUCUCACCGAAGCUCGCUACCCCAAUCUCGAAUUGAAGAGAAGCCAAAGCAUCUAAAUUUUCCUUCUCCAACACGACUUCACGCGAGGAACCCCUCCCCCGCUGCAACGAAAAGCUACUCGCUUUUCGAGGAUCGGAAGCGAUUCCCAUUCCUUUUCCCCCUCUCUCUUCCUCUCUCUCUCUCUCUCUCUCUCUCUCUCUCUCUCCCUCUCGCGCGCGCGCGGGCGCUGCGUAGCUGGGAGGAGAGGAACCCUUCCAUGGAUCGUCGGUUUCUGAUUCCGAUGAAAGCGAUCGCAGCGGAGGAGGAUGGCGUGUUGAUGGCGUAAUGACUUCUCUUCCGCGAUCGAAGCCUUCGCCUUUCCUCUUUUCGCAAUCGAUUCCUUUGUCCCGAUUUUGAUUUUUUUUUUUUUUUUUUUUUAAGCUGUCGCUUUAAAUUCCGCCCGAUAUAGUAGUAAUCGAAGUAGGGUUCGUAGGACUAAUAGGCUUUCGGGAAUAAUCUAGCUAGCGAUCUGAUCGAUCCUCUCGCAUUCGAUCUCCGAUUGCGCCAUCUCUGCCUCGAUUUCCCGAUCCCCUCCGAUCGUGUAUUUAGUGUUUCUCAGGGUUUUGGGGCUAGAAAUGGAGUGGUAGCGGUCGGUCUCCCCAUUCUAUUCUUUGAGCUGAAGAGAGAGAGAGAGAGAGAGAGAGCGAAGCCUUUGGGUUUUUCGGUGUAGGAAUCAUGCCGUUUCCUAUGAAGAUCCAGCCGAUCGAUCCGAACGGGGCGAUCCGAGCCGCCGAUCACGCGAAGCCCGCCCCGAAAUCGCGGCUGAAGCGCCUCUUCGAGCGGCAGUUCCCCGGCGUGCUCCGGAACUCCUCCGCGGAGAGGCUCCCCGGCGCCGGAGACGGGAGGGAGAGGGAUCGGGACGGGUUCGAUCACGAGCCGAGCUCCGUGUGCCUCGACAAGAUGGUGCGGAGCUUCAUGGAGGACACCGAGAAGCCCUCGCGGUGCGGCCGCAGCCGCUGCAACUGCUUCCACGGCACCUGCGACGAGGUCAUCAAGGGUUUGGCGGUGUGCACGAGCGUGGCGGAGAGGAACCUCCUAGCCGACGUUUCGAGCAUCGCGGAGAAGCACAAGAGCUGCAGGCGAAAGGACGAGCUCCGCCGCCUCGUCACCGACGGCCUCCGCUCCGCGGGCUACGACGCCGCCGUCUGCCGCUCCCGCUGGGACAAAACCCCCUCCUUCCCCGCCGGGGAGUACGAGUACGUGGACGUCGUGGUGAGGGGCGGCGCGGGGGAGGAGCGGCUGAUCGUGGACGUGGACUUCAGGUCGGAGUUCGAGAUCGCGCGGUCGACGAAGAGCUACCGCGCGGUGCUCCAAUCCCUGCCGUCCAUCUUCGUCGGGAAGGGCGACCGGCUCCAGCAGAUCGUGGCCGUCGCCUCCGAGGCGGCAAAGAUGAGCCUCCGCAAGAAGGGCCUCCACUUCCCCCCCUGGCGCAACCCCGAGUACAUGCGCUCCAAAUGGCUCUCCCCCUUCGACCGCACCUAUUGUACCACUCCUCCCUCAUCCCCUCCCACAUCCCCUCCACCUCCACCUCCACCACCUCCACAGCAGCAGCAGCAUCAGCAACAACCACAACCACCCUUGAUCAUCGAGGCUGAGGAGGAGGGGGAUGACGAGGAGGAGCACGCUACGGCGCCGUGGGAGCCGCCGGAGGUGAAGCCGAAGGAAGAGGCGGCGCGGCGCGGGGCGAAGGUCGUCACCGGACUGGCGUCCGUGCUUCGGGACAUCCCCUGAUCUCUCCGGAUUUUUGUCUUCUUUUUUUUUAUAUAUUUAUAUUAAUAGCUUUAUUUUUCUAUUUUCGAGUUUUCUGUUUCUUUCCUUUCCGUUUUUAAGAGGAAAUUUAAGAUAUGCGAAAAGAGAAAAAAUUUUACUACUUUUCUUUUUGGUUUAUUAUACUUUUUCCCUUUUUGUUUUCGGGCUUUCUUUUCUUUGAAGGAGAGACUCCGCUCGAUUUGAAUAGUCCUAUAGUCCCAUAUAGAGCUUGGAAAUAGCAGCAACAAGAUAUAAUAAAAUCACUGUAACAAAUAGUUCUGCCUUUUUUCUUCUUUUUUUUUCCUCCCUUUUUUUUUCCUUUUUUGUUUUUGUAAUAAUAAUAAUGAAUAAUCUGUCUAUCAACUGGUACUCAUCCAUAGUUUCAUUUUCCGUUAUUAUUA